AUGAAGUCCCUGCAGCUCACAAUGGCAGAUUACAAAGGAAAAGGUAUUCUGAUGGUGGAAGACGAUGAUGAACCCAUCCAACUACCAGAGCAAGAUAACCUUGGGCUUAUCCAAGAGUACGGCCUGUCCCUUAUCGGCAGAGUCCUAAACCCUAAGAAACAAGAUGUCGAGAAACUGAUUGGGUUUAUGCCUCAACAUUGGGGCUUGGAAGACAAAAUCUCUGCAAUGGAUCUGGGCAAAGGAACCUUUCUGUUCAACUUUGAAACAGAGGAAGACCUUCAAACCGUACUUGACCUAGGACCUUUCCACUACAAUUUUUGGAUGUUUGUCUUAGUCCGGUGGGAGCCGAUAGUCCACGAUGACUACCCUUGGGAGAUGACCUUCUGGACCCAACUAUCGGGUAUCCCUCUUCAUCUCUGGACCGAAACCAAUCUUCGUAGCAUAGGAGACAAGCUCGGAAAAAUCCAUACCAUCGAUGUCAAUGAAGGGAAGAUCCUGCUGACCAUUGAUAGCAGAAAGCCACUAAAAUUCGCAAGGAAGAUAAGAUGCUGCAAUGGAGAUGAGGCUACUGUGUAG